CCUCUGGGAAAUAUGCAUCCUAACUUGGUGAGCUGGCUGGGGACUCUGGGGUUCCUGCUGUGGGCGCUGCUCUGCCUAGGCGCCCUGACGGAGGGAUACCCGGUGAAACCCGAGAACCCCGGGGAGGACGCCCCGGCGGAGGAGCUGGCCAAGUACUACUCAGCCCUGAGACACUACAUCAACCUCAUCACAAGACAGAGGUAUGGAAAGAGGUCCAGUCCUGAGAUUCUGGACACACUGGUUUCAGAGCUGCUGUUGAAGGAAAGCACAGACACGCUUCCACAGUCAAGAUAUGAUCCAUCUUUGUGGUGAUGUUGUCAUCAGUGUUGGCGUUCACCUCACUGCUGCCCCGCCGCCGCCACUGACACUCUGACCUCUCCACGUCCGUUACUCUUUAGCCUCCUACACCAAAUGACCACCCUGCCUCUGCCCCUUGUAUCUGUACGAGCUGCCACGUAUAUUCAACCCCCUCCUCCUUUGUCAUCAGCUACAGUCACAACUGCUUACAGUAUGUGCCAUAAAAUUGUAAAUAGUUUAUUCAGAGUUAUCAUCUGUGGAACAUGAACGUAAAGUGGGGGAGGGUAUGUUGAUUGUAUUGUAUAAUUGUGCAAUUAAAGAUUCAUUGUUUGAAGAAAUGAAUUUGAAUGGCAU